CCAUGACUCGCCAGUGCCGGAUCAUAGCAUGCUAUAUUGUAACUUUUUUUUUUUCAAUCCGCGAUGCUGCGCCGGCCCCGGGGUUGCCAGAGCAUCAGCGAGACCAGCGCAUCAUUCACAAGGACGCUGCACGGCGGAGGAAGAGAAGAGGUAACGAGCGGGGCAUUUGGAGAUGGAUGAGUAUCGAGUGUGUUGGCCCGUAUGGUGGGCAAAGAGAGACGGGUUCCUUGUGGAUGAAUCAAUACAGAUUGGCGAUAAGGGCCAAGCCUGAGAGUGCAGCCAUAGCCACGGCACCCAUGGGAACGGCGGCUCCAGCAUCGCUGGUGGAUGAAGAGGUGGGCGAGCUCGACACAGCGGCGCUGGAGGUCAGGGCGGCGCUUGUGCUCAGGGCAGUUCCAGAGGAUGGAGCAUCACUUCCAGUGGGGACUAGGAACGUAACGGUGGAGUUGGCUGGAUAGCAGAUGCCUCCGGCGUCGACAAUCCGGCCCAGAACACACUUGAGCCCGCUAUCGCACUGCGGAGGGUUGGCGAUGAAUCCGCCGCAGUGCUGGCCCACACCGACGGCAAGGACACCCGAAGCGAGGAAGCCAGCGGCAAGAAUAGACUUGAUGAGCACCAUGAUGGACAGACGGAGACAACGGAGCGGGCGAGGACGGCGAGGACGGCGAGGAGAUGGGCAGAGCGAGUGGGGAAGGAACGAACGAACGAAGGACGGA